AUGAAGAAAACCGAAAUAAUAUGUGAAAGUAUCAAAAACAAUGUUGAUACCAAUUGUAACAAUUUAAUGCAAACAGCUAGUAGUAUAGUAAACGAUUUACGAAAAAAGAAGGAACUAGUAUUAGACUCUAUAGAACACACAGUAUCUAAAAGAAGUACAUUAGGAAUGUUAACAAAAGCAGCCAGAUUAAUAUACGGAAUAUGUAAUCUGGAAUGCAUUAGAAAAUUUAAUUUCAAUAUAGAACAAACACAUAACGCGCCUCAAACGAAAUUAGUUAAAGAACAAAUAAAAAUAGUUAAGUUACAAAACAAAUUUGAUGAACACGAAAACUAUAAUAUGACCUUUUUAAUAAACGAAAAUAGUAACGUGUCUAGGGACCAACAAACAAAAAAUUAUGUAACGAAACAUUUUCUAAUUAUAAAUUUAUUAAUAAUGAAGCAUAUAGUAGAAACCAAUACUUUAUUAGAAAUAAUACAACAAGCGAAAUUAGGAAUUAUCCAUACCAGCUUAAUAUCUCCACGGGACCUUUUAGAGCACAUAAAAGACAUUAAAGUAUCAUUACCUGGGGGCACCGACUUACCCACUGAUCUAGAUAUACAAAAUAUCUAUGAAUUGGUAAAGCUCUCAGACCUAGCUAUAUACUAUGUCAAUGACAACCUAGUUUUUAUACUAACUUUACCAUUAAUCUAUCAAAAUGAUUUUAUUUUAUAUAACUUAAUAUCUGUAAAAGUUUGUACUGGAAAUGAUUGUCUCUAUGUUAAACCUAGUAAUAAGUAUCUAGCUAUAAGUAAAACUAAAGAACACUAUGCCAUGUAUGAUGAAUUUUACUAUACACAUUGUAAGCACGCUAGAGACUUCCUUUUAUGUCCUGAAGGUAAUCCUUUAUACCCGCCUACAAGUAGACCAGCAUGUGAAGUACAAUUUUUGCAGGAUCCAAUAAAAGUUCCAUCAACUUAUGAAGUAAUGCACGUUCAAAUCGGAACAUCCAUAUUCCACAAGAAACGAUUCAAGAACGAGUGGAUAAACGUUACUAAUUAUGAUGUAGUAUUUAUUACAUGCGACGAAGACAAGGAAUCCACAAGUCACACACUAAGGGGAGUAGGCAUUUUGCGAUUCAACGAAACUUGCAAAGGAUACGCCGCAAGAGACGUACUUAUACCAGGAAAAGUCAACCACAAAUCUGAAUAUAUGGAUUUCAACCCGAAGUCAACUAUAGAACGUAUCAAUGAUAUGCCGUACACCGACAACAAUAACUUGAUGGAAGACUACCAUGUAAAAACAAAUAACAUGGAUGACUUACAUACCGUGUCAGGUUCAAAGAAACAACUAGAAACACAACGCAAGGUUGAUCACAAGAUAAACGAACUAAAGAAUACACAGCAAGUAAACGACUACGUACUUUACGUAAUCACAAGUAUCACUUUUAUGGCAAUUAUCAUUAUAUGUUUAUCCAAAUACAAUAAAUUAAAAUGUUACGAAAAAAUAAACACGGAAGAGGAACCAAACCAAGAUGAAGAAAGUGAAAGUUUAGCUACAGCACCUAGAGCAGUCGACAUAGUCGAAUAUCCUCUUACGCCUAGGAAUAGCCCAAUAAGCUAUACAAGUACAAGACAGUUUAACUUCAAUUAA